AUGGAUAUAAAAAAAAAAAAAUUAGGUUUAUAUAAGAAUAAAAUAAAUAAAUAUAACGAUAUUAAGUUAAAUGAUAUAAGCUUGGUAAAACUCCAAAAAAAAAAAGAGAUAAAAUGUGGAUUAGAAAAAAAUAAUUCAAAAUAUAAAAUCACAGAGGGAAAAAAAAAAAAAGAAAAAAAAGUAAAGUUGGAAAAAAAAAAAAAUAAUACUAAGGAUAAAGAAAUAAGUAAAAAAAAAAAAAAAAUUGAAAAGGGAAACAUAGUAACAAAGAGAACAAAAAAAGAUUGUAACAGUGGUAGUCGAGUAAAAGAUUACAACAAUAAAGAGAAAAAUGUAAUUAAAAUUAAAAAUUAUAAUAAUAGUAAUAAAAAUAAGGAAAUAAAUGCAAAUGUUGAGAGAAAAAAAAAAUAUGAUAUAAACAACAAUGAAAAGAAAAAUGUUAUUAAAAAAAAAAUUCACUCAUCAAAUGAAGUAGAUGAAGAAAAAGAAAUCGCGAAUAAUGAAAUAAAUAAAAACAAAGAAAUGAAUAGUGAAAAUUAUAAAUUCAUAAAAAAAAAAAAAAUUGAAGGAAUGUCUAUUACAAAAGAUCUUAAUAAGGAAAAUUAUUUAAGUUUAUAUGCAGAAAUAAAAAAAGAAAGAGAUAGUGAUAAGGUAAAAAAACUGAAAGAGUAUCCAAAUGAUAUUAAUGAAAAAUCUUUAAAAAAAUUAAAGAAUAAUGAAGAAACAUAUGAAAAAUGGAAUGAGCCAUUUGAAAAUAAUAUAUAUAAUAAGGAAAAAAAGAAAAAAAAAAUAAAUAAUAAUAGUUCUAAUAAUAUUAAUAUAGAUAAUAAUAAUAUUGUUACCCCUUUUGAUUACGAGAAAUUAUUAAUGUCAAAAAAAAAUAAUAGCGCAAUAUGGAUAAGUUAUAUAGCAUAUUAUCUACAAAAAAAUAAUUUAAAUGAAGCAAGAAAAGUAGCUGAAAGAGCUUUAAAGACUAUAGAUAUACAAGAAGUAGAAGAGAAAUUGAACAUUUAUUUAUGUUAUUUAAACAUGGAAUGCUCAUAUGGAGAUAAAUUAUAUGAUGUAUUUAAAAGAGCAUUAUUAUGUAAUAAUGAAAAAUUCAUUUAUUUGCAUAUGAUUAAUAUCUUAAAAAAAAAUAAUAAAUUAAUUCAAUUAAAAGAAAUAUGCGAAGAAGCUAUCAAAAAAUUUAAAUAUUCUAAAAAAAUAUGGUCUUGUUAUUUAGAAAUUUUACAUAAUACAUUUAAGGAUGAGGAGUAUGCUCAUGCUAUUUUAUUAAAAUCAUUGCAUUCUUUGGAAAAAAGAAAGCACUUGAAUAUGAUUAUAAAUGCUGCACGUUUUGAAUAUAAAUAUUCUAAUAAAGAAAGAGGAAAGACAUACUUUGAAAAAUUAAUUCAUGAAUAUCCCAAAAGAUCAGAUAUUUGGUUCACAUAUUUAGAUAUUCAUAUAAAUUCAUUAACAAAAAAUGAAAAAAAAGAAAAAAUUAAAUUAAAUAUUAAUGAUAUCGAAUUUAUUAGAAAUAUAUUUGAAAGAUUUAUAUCAAUUAAAUUUAAACCAAGAAUAAUGAAAAUGAUUUUUACUAAAUGGCUUUUAUUUGAAAAAAAUCAUGGAAACUUGCAUAAUCAAAAAGUUGUUCAACAGAAAGCAUACGAUUACGUAGAAAGCUUAAAUGCAAUUAGUUGA